CCAGCAAGCAGGCGGAGGAACCCCCCCCCCGUGCUGCAGCUGGCGGUUGUGAUAUGUGCUCACAGGAAGACUUCCAGGCACAGAGGAGCCAACUGGUGGCACUGUUGGUCUCAGGGUCCUUGGAGGGUUUCGAGAGCAUCUUGGACUGGCUGCUGUCCUGGGAUGUGCUGUCCUGGGAGGACUAUGAGGGCCUCAGCCUGCCUGGCCAACCUCUCUCCCAUUCUGCCAGGCGCCUGCUGGACACAGUCUGUAGCAAGGGUGCUUGGGGCUGUCAGAAGCUCCUUGAAGCUGUGCAGGAGGCUCAGGCCAACAGUCACACCUCUGAACUCCAUGGAUACUGGGACACUGGCUCCCUUCAUCCGACCAGAGACCUGCAGCGUCACCGUCCAGCCAUCGUCCGGAGACUCUACAACCAUGUAGAAGCUGUGCUAGAGCUGGCAAGGGAGGGUGGACUCCUGAGCCAGUAUGAGUGUGAUGAGAUCAGGCUGCCAAUCUUCACAUCAUCCCAGAGGGCAAGAAGGCUGCUUGAUCUCGCCACAGUGAAGGCGAAUGGACUGGCUGCCUUCCUUCUACAGCACAUCAAGGAAUUACCAGCUUCACUGUGCCUGCCUUGUGAGGCUGCUGAGUGUCAGAAGUUCAUAUCUAAGCUGAGGACCAUGGUUUCAGCCCAGUCUCGCUUCCUCAGUACGUAUGAUGGCUCGGAGAAUCUUUGCCUGGAGGAUAUCUACACAGAGAACACCCUGGAGCUGCGGACAGAGGUGGGCAUGGCUGGGACCCUGCGGAAGAGCCCUGCGCUCCUGGGCCUGGAGGAACUCUUUGGUACCCACGGCCACUUGAACAAAGACGCAGACACUGUGCUGGUGGUGGGCGAAGCAGGCAGUGGCAAGAGCACUCUCCUGCAGCGGUUGCACUUGUUGUGGGCAACCGGGCAGAGCUUCCAGGAGUUUCUCUUCGUUUUCCCGUUCAGCUGCCGGCAGCUGCAAUGCAUGGCCAAACCGCUCUCCCUAAGGACGCUGCUCUUUGAGCAUUGUUGUUGGCCUGAUGUCGGUCAGAAUGAUGUCUUCCAAUUCCUCCUUGACCAUCCUGACCGUGUCCUGUUAACCUUCGAUGGCUUGGAUGAGUUCAAGUUCCACUUCACAGACCGGGAGUGUCACUGCUCUCCAAUUGACCCCACGUCGGUGCAGACUCUGCUUUUCAACCUUCUUCAGGGGAACCUGCUGAAGAACGCCUGCAAGGUGCUGACCAGCCGUCCAGAUGCUGUGUCAGCGCUCCUCAGGAAGUUCGUCCGUACAGAGUGCCACCUUAAGGGCUUCUCUGAAGAGGGCAUCAAACUGUACCUGAGAAAGCACCACAGGGAGCCUGGAGUGGCGGACCGCCUCAUCCACCUGCUCCAAGCCACCUCAGCCCUGCAUGGGCUGUGCCACCUCCCUGUCUUCUCAUGGAUGGUGUCCAGAUGCCAUCGGGAGCUGUUGCUGCAGAACAGGGGGUCCCCCACGACCAGCACGGACAUGUACCUCCUGAUCCUACAACAUUUCCUGCUGCACACCUCCCCUCCAGACUCCCACCCCAUCGGACUGGGACCUGGGCUUCUCCAAAGCCGGCUCUCCACCCUCUUGCAUCUCGGCCACCUGGCUCUCCGGGGCCUGGCCAUGAGCUGCUAUGUGUUCUCAGUCCAGCAACUCCAGGCGUCACAGGUUGACUCUGAGGAUAUUUCUCUCGGUUUCCUGGUCCGUGCGCAAAGCGUGGUGCCUGGGAGCAAGGCACCCCUGGAAUUCCUGCACGUUACCUUCCAGUGCUUUUUUGCAGCAUUCUACCUGGCGGUCAGUGCCGACACGUCGGCAGCCUCCCUCAAGCGCCUCUUCAGCUGUGGCCGGCUGGGCAGCUCCCUGCUGGUUAGGCUGCUGCCUAAUCUGUGUAUCCAUGGCUUCAGAGUCAAGAGGCGCAGUGACGAGGCCUUACUGCAGAAGGCUGAGCCACACAACCUGCAGCUCACAGCAGCCUUCGUAGCCGGUCUGCUGUCCCGGGAGCAUCGGGACCUGUUAGCCGCAUGCCAGAUCUCCCAGAGGGUGCUGCUCCAGCGCCACGCGUGUGCCCGCUCAUGUCUGGCCCACAGCCUUCGUGAGCAUUUCCACUCCAUCCCACCUGCUGUGCCUGGAGAGGCCAAGAGCAUGCACGCCAUGCCUGGCUUCAUUUGGCUCAUCCGGAGUCUAUAUGAGAUGCAGGAGGAGCAGUUGGCGCAGGAGGCUGUGCGUCGCUUGGACAUUGGGCACCUGAAGUUGACAUUUUGCAGAGUGGGCCCUGCAGAGUGUGCUGCGCUGGCCUUCGUGCUGCGGCACCUGCAGCGGCCUGUGGCCCUGCAGCUGGACCACAACUCUGUUGGAGAUGUUGGAGUGGAACAGCUGCGGCCCUGCCUUGGUGUCUGCACAGCUCUGUAUUUGCGGAAUAACAAUAUCUCAGAUCAAGGUGCCUGCAGGCUAACUGAGUGUGCGCUUCAGUGUGAGCAGCUGCAGAAGCUAGCCAGUCUCUUCAACAACAAACUCACGGAUGGCUGUGCCUACUCCAUGGCCAAGCUCCUUGUGCACAAGCAUAACUUCUUGUCAUUGAGGCUGGGGAACAAUCACAUCACAGCUGCUGGAGCCCAGGUUCUGGCCCAGGGGCUCAAGAGCAACACAUCCCUGCAGUUCCUGGGGUUCUGGGGUAACAGUGUGGGUGAUGAAGGCACCCAAGCCCUGGCCGAGGCUGUGGCUAACCACCAGAGCUUGAAAUGGCUCAGCCUGGUGGGAAACAACAUUGGCAGGGCGGGUGCCCAAGCCCUAGCACUGAUGCUGGAGAAGAACAAGGCACUAGAGGAACUGUGCCUGGAGGAAAACCAUGUCUGUGACGAAGGGGUGUGUUCUCUCGCAGAAGGACUGAAGAGAAAUUCAACUUUGAAAAUCUUGAAGCUGUCCAACAACGGCAUUACCUUCCUGGGUGCGGAAGCCCUCCUGCAGGCCCUCAACAGGAACAGUACAAUUCUGGAAGUUUGGCUUCGAGGGAACAAGUUCUCCACGGAGGAAAUGGAAACACUCAGCUCUGCUGACACCAGACUCUUGCUGUGACGUCUCAGCUUCUGAUUGGGCCAGGAAGGCUGAAUAAUGUCAGGACAUAUCUCUGUGCUACUCAGGGCUGGAAUUUUUUUUUUCUUUUUUUCUGAGAACACUACAGUCACCUGCGAGCAAAGGCACCCCAAUGCCCUCCAGAAUUGACUUUUCCCAAGGAUGCAUGAUGCCUGGUCUUGGUUGUUAACUGACCUGGUUUUAGAGACACAUGAGAGGAGAGGAUCACGUUUCUGUUUCUCGAAAAGAUCGCUGUGUAGGACAGUAAUUGAGAGGGGAAAGGCCCUCACUGAACGUGGAUGACACAAUCUACCGGGUGCCCCACGGGAGGAAGUUGAAGGAGGAGGCAGAUAGCAUAUACUGGCAUGACUGAGCUCCUCUUCUUCCUGAGUGAGGACAUCUAUGGCUGCCACCAUCCCCAUUGGACGGCAGACUCUAGCUUCUUUGGCCUUUCAACAUGGACCCAUCACCAGCGACGUUUUAGGGAGUUUCCAGGCUUCGAGCCUAAUGGAACUGCUGAGGUGUCCAGCUCCUUCAGCUGGACAGCUACCAGAUUCUCUGUCUCUCCAGAUGGCCAUUGGUGGACCACCCAAUCUGGAUGGUACUCCAAGCAUGGGAUGAACACAAGAGGAUCCCCCGGUCAGUAUGUGGCUGGCCUCUAGCUGAAGUUCCAGGGUUCUGAUGGGGGUCACUGGGACCCAUGAACGUCACCUCAGGGCCUGUUGGUGUGGGGACCUAGACCUCUUCUCUUUUUUGGAGAGGAAUUUUCAGGAAGCAGCUCUUGGCCACAUCCGGACUCAGCUCACCUUCUAAGGCCAUCCUACUCUGGUACCCCCAGUCACCUUGCAUGAGGCCCAACAGGACAUCACCUCAGACAAUCAACAUAAUACCUUACCGUGCUCUCCUUUAUUAGCACAAACAGCAGCCAUUUGGCCUCAGGAUGUUCUAGAUUUACAAGGAAAAUAUGACCAACUCCAGCUGGGAUCACACAUGGACUUUGGUUUUCAGUAACUUCAAUUACUCGAUAGCUGAGCCUUUGGAAUCGGUUCCUCUGUCAGCUGCAGCUUUUUAGAAUUAAUCUGAGCCAGAAUUCCUAAGAACCCCACUAGGCCCCAAGUUGGUGCCUGUGAGCUGAACUCUGACAACAGACUUCUGAAACCUAUUCAUAAAAGACAUCUCCAUUUUAUUUGUGACAGAAUGCUUUAGGACAUAGAGUCAGAAGUUGGAGGUCCUCAGGGGAGAAAACCAGGCUCUGUUUCCUAAGCAAGGUCUCUUGUGUUUUUCAAAAUGCCACCUUUGUGAUUUGUAAAUUACACAAAUUUUACUACCUUCCAUUUCAGUGUGUGUGAAAAAUGGGUUAAUAUUUAUAAACUGCAUUGUCUUAAGUUGGUACUUUUAUGUAAUGUGUGAUCAUGAACUUUCUGCUAUA